AAGUGAACAAAUGAGGCACACACUGACUGACAUACUCGGGGAGCACUUUUGCAAAUUGAGAUUUUCUCUUCUUUUUCUCUCUUCAUCAACGCAAGGGAGACCUAGCAAGCUUUCAGAGAGAGGGCAGUCAUGGGCUGUUUCAGAACAUCGAAGAAGAAACCAAAGCAGCUGCACAUCAAGAACUCCACUGACCAGAUCCCAUCAGCAUUAGGUUCUCGUCAUAUUUAACGAGAAAGAUACACCAUUUGAUGAUUGAUGUGAACAUUUCAUGUAUCAAGUUGAUUUCUUUAUAUGGGACAGAUUCGCCUCCUUUAUCUUUUCACUUUUGGGUCCUGAGAACUCCCUAGACCUAGAAUUUCUCUUCUCGGAUUUUUUUCCCCAUUAAACACUACUUGUACAUGUUUGGUUGGCAUUAAUCUAUUGUUUUAUGAUCUGAUUCAAGCUGGAUUGAUAUAUAAGAUAAACAAAAGGUAAACUCAUCUUCGGAUGAAAAGAAGGAAGCAUCCAAAAAUGGAGGAGGUCCGGGUCACAUUGCAGCACACACAUUCACAUUUCGUGAGUUAGCUUCUGCAACCAAGAAUUUCAGGGCUGAGUGUCUUUUAGGUGAAGGGGGCUUUGGAAGGGUAUAUAGAGGGCAAUUAGAGAGCACAAAUCAGAUUGUGGCUAUUAAGCAACUAGAUCGAGAUGGAUUACAAGGAAAUCGGGAAUUCCUGGUUGAGGUAUUGAUGCUAAGCCUACUUCACCACCCAAACUUAGUCAACUUGAUUGGGUAUUGUGCUGAUGGAGAUCAAAGACUUUUGGUUUAUGAGUACAUGCCUUUGGGGUCACUAGAGGACCAUCUCCAUGAGAUUUCACCCGACAAAAAGAUACUUGACUGGAACACCAGAAUGAAAAUAGCUGCUGGUGCUGCAAAGGGCCUGGAGUAUUUACAUGACAAAGCAAAUCCUCCUGUGAUAUAUCGAGAUUUAAAAUGUUCAAAUAUUUUACUUGGUGAAGACUAUGACCCCAAGUUAUCUGAUUUUGGGUUGGCCAAAUUGGGCCCCGUUGGUGAUAACACGCACGUGUCAACUAGAGUGAUGGGAACAUAUGGAUACUGUGCACCCGAAUAUGCAAUGACCGGGCAGCUGACACUGAAAUCAGAUGUUUACAGUUUCGGGGUUGUUCUUCUGGAAAUGAUCACUGGCAGAAAGGCAAUUGACAAUUCAAAAGCUUCUGAAGAGCAGAAUCUGGUUGCAUGGGCUCGGCCACUAUUCAAAGACAGAAGGAAGUUCUCACAAAUGGCAGAUCCGAUGCUUCAGGGGGAGUACCCGGUGAGGGGUAUGUAUCAAGCACUUGCUGUUGCUGCAAUGUGUGUCCAUGAGCAGCCCAACAUGCGUCCACUCAUAGCCGAUGUGGUCACAGCCCUCAACUAUCUUGCGUCCCAGAAGUAUGACCCUCAGGCCCACACGGCCCAAAGGCGGCCUUUGGGUCCUUCCACCCCAAGAGCAAGAAGGGUGCAGCGAUGAUAGCAACUUUUGAAAGUUGGUUUGAGCAGUUUUUGAGCAGUUUGCGCUCUACUUGGCAAUGGGGAGGAUUAAUAUUGGACGACGAAGCAUAUCAUAUUGAAGGAAAUUCUAGUUUUCCCUGAACGACUUUUCUGUGCAUAAUUUAUUAUACUGUGUUUAGAUUUUUUAAAUUUUGCAAUUCUUUUUAUUAUUAUCAUCUGAAGAAAGAAAAUUGAAAAAACCCAAAAAAUUAAAUUUCCUACUUUCCACUUUUCUUGUUCAAAUAUAGAUCAAUGCUAGAUUCAUUGUGGACAUACUAUUUCUAUUUUUAUUGCAAGUUAUUGUUGGUCAUAUAUUGCUCCAUAAUAAGGGUGGAUCAAUCCGAUUGUGGGCCGCUCCCUGCUCUAUAAAAGGAAUCGAGACCGAGUAUGGCUGCCUGGCUGGUUCCGGUUGCACUCAUUUUCUUUUCUCGCAAUAGUGUAUAAUAGUAGAUAUAGUAAUGUAAUUUUUUUGGAAAUUGUAUUCCCAUAAUUACUUUGUAUACACAUACAUAAGGGUGUUCUUCAGUUCAGUUUUGUCGGUUUCGGUUUUAUCUAGUGAUGGACUCAAC